AUGGCAGCAAGGCGGACUGGUAGUACACGAAGUCGAAGCAGGAUAGCUGUUGCAAACCCUAUGAAGUGCAGCCUCAUCAAUAAACCUCAUGGACUUGAAAAGAACCGACGGAAGAGAAAAACUAAAAAGAAUAACAACAGAGGUAAUAACGGGUUUAAUGCAGAUGAUGAUAUAAUUUAUGAGAUACUUAGCAGAUUACCGGUGAAGUCAGUUAUGCGGUUCAAGUGCUUGUCUAAACAUUGGUGUUCAAUAAUCCAAAAAGAUCGACACUUUAUUUAUUUACACCUUAAUAAAUCAAAAGCACUUACGAAUCUCCUUCUUACGGUUCCAAGAGAAAGAAACGGUUUCACCGAAAGAUGUCAUAAACCAAGGUCAGCGGACGGAAAAUUAUAUCCCUUACGAUUUUUUUUAGCAACUGCUGAUUUAUUGUGCGAAGGCGGGGAAGUGCCAUCAGUAGUUCAUACUACCACAAGGGAGAUAGAUACGGGAUCGUAUAGAAUUUCAAAACCGGUAAAAGGUUUGAUCUGUUUAUUUGAUCCCGAAAAGGACCUUGGUGUUCGAGUUUGCAAUCUUAGUACCCGUCAAGUUACAACAUGGAUUAAAUCAACGUUCAUAUCCAACUUAGAUGUAGAAGAUUAUAAAGACUUCCUAAGCUCCUCAAAGUGUAAUUUGGGAUUCGAUCCUGUCACUAAGGAGCACAAAGUGAUUUGUAUAUGGACUAUCCGUGGCCGACGAGUUUGCGAGGUCUUUACUUUAGGAGAUCGUACAUGCAGAAUAAUAGACGAUGUCCUCCCAGCAUACAAGUUUAGAACUUCACAUGCUUAUGCAGAUUCUAUUUAUGUAUAUUACAACCCAGAACUGAUAAAGUUUGGUGAUGAUGAUGAUGAGCCUAUAGACAUAGUGGCAUUUGAUGUUGGAAAGGAGAAAUUUAGAGCUAUAGAAAUUCCUAAUUUCAUUCUUGUCCAGAUUUCGUUUAGCAAUCGAAUUGAUGUUGUAGAAUUGUUAGAAAUUGAUGGUCAUCCAGCUCUCUCAAGUGGAAUAAGCUGUGACAUUUUCAAGCUAUGGUUAUUCGACGAUCAAUAUAACAAUGGUUAUAGUGUUGGCGCAAUGCGGAAAUGUGAUGGGUUUAUAGAAAUGAUUUUGAAAGAGAGGUGUUAA